CGGCGCGCGAAAGAUCCAAAAUUCAAUUCGGUGUGUAUGGAACAGGCGGGAGGAAGAGAAAGAGCCCAGCUAAGCGGUUUCUAAAUAUGCUUUAACGCUAUGAAAUAGCCGUUGACACGCAGACAUUUGUCUUUUGAGGUGUAUUUUGUCUGCUGGAGUUCGAUGAAGCGUUGUGUCCGCGAGUUUUUAUUUGACAAAAAGAGCGUAAACUAGCCCGGCGGACAAAGAUGAGCCUGGUCGUUUCUCAACAGCAGACUGCGGCACUCCCGGCUUUGGCCCAAACCGCCACGGAGAGCGAUUCAGACAGCGGGAUGGGCUCUCCGGCAGAGGAGACUGGCAAGGAGACGGCAAUCAGCAGGGAAGAGCUUCCAGAUUCUGACGAGGAUGAAGACAUCACAGUUCACAGAAAGCCUCGCCGUAUCGCCAUCAGAGACAGUGACAGCGAGGAGGAGGCGGAGAACAGUGCAGACAUGGCCGAAAUGCUGCACUUAUCUGCUUCCAGCGGGGAGGAGAUGGAGGCUGUAAAGGCUCAAGAGAAGGAUGAGAGGAAAGACCGGCGGGAACAGAAGAAGAGCAAGAGAAUAAGCCACGCUCCCAUUGACAGUGACGACAGCGAGCUGGAGCACGCACACAGUGGAGGAAUGGAGGAGCAACAGGCGGAGGUGAGGGCGGAGGCAAAUUCGAUGAAGGAACAGAAGAAGAGGGAGAAGAGCCAGAGGCACCGGGAGAAGAAGGAGAAACGGAGCAAAGCUGUGGAAAAAUUGAAGAAGAAGAAGGAGAAGCUCUCUGAAAAUAAUGAGAACGUGGCUCUCCCCCGUGCUCUCAAUGACAGUGGGUGUCUGCUGGGAGACACAGACCUGUUUGACACUGGUCUGGGCGACGAGGACGAGGAGGAAGAGUCUCUGGAGGCCAUCCGAGCUGCUGUCAAACAAAAGAUGAAAAAGCACAAGGAUCAGGUCUUGGAUGAUGAUGAUGAUGAUGAUGAUGGAGGAGAGGAGGAGGAAGAUGAUGAAGAUGCAGCAGAGAAACCCCAGCGUGUGGAGAGGAAAGCUGCGCGCGCCAGCAAAGAGGCAAUGAGGCAGCUCCACAGCGAGUCACAGAGGCUGGUCAGAGAGUCAACACUGGGCCUGCCGUACCACCUCCCUGAGCCAAAGACCAUCGACCAGUUCUUCAGAAAGAAAGCCCGGCCAGAGGGUCCUGCCAUGGCGCUGUUGAAAUCCACAAAGUAUACAGCCAUGAUGUUGGAGACGCCGACGGCUCCUCCCCCCAGUGAGCCUCCUCAGCCAGCCGCCGUGCAGGACUCCUCUUCCUCUCUUGAUCUGUCUUCCAAUCCGAUCCUCCUCAUACCUCAGCCCGCCGCCACCUCGUCCCCGCAGCAGGAGAGCCUCGCAAAGGCAACAGCUGUCCCAGAUCCCGACCUGGAGUCCGGGCCAAUGCUUUACCUCUCCGAGAGCCUGCAGGAUACCGUCACCGCACUAGGAGCGUCGGGACCCGCUCCGGAUUCUGGAGAGGAGACGCCUCUGGCACCCUCGGAGCAAAGGCACUCUGCGGCGUUGUGUCACUCCGAACCCCUCCAGAAAGAGCCUGUGUCCGGCCCUUUGGGGGAGCCUUUAGCCACCCAGUGUGGGGGCUGUGACCCAGUCUCAGCUGUGCCUUCAGCGCGGCGACCCACCAAAGCCAAGGAGGACAAAUUGGCCCGACUGAGGAGGCUUGGGCUGGACCCCCCGCCUGUCGCUCGGUUGUGUCCAGACGACGGAGCCUUCGUGGAGCUCGAGCCUCCGCCGCUCAACCGAGGCGUGGUGGCCCUGAAGGAGCGUUACCUCCGCCACGUCAAGGCACCCACACGUCCUCAGGGUGAGCGAACCAUGCAGCUCCACAUCGUCCGCAAAGACCGCGCUCGGUCUGGCCAGGAGGAGCUGCGCUCCGACUCACUCACUGUCACCGUCAAAGACGGCGCGGAGGAGCCCGUGGCCACCAAACCAGGAGAGAAGCUGCUGACUCUGAAGCAGCGCCUGCAGCUCGCCAUGGCCCAACGGAGGCAGGAGGAGAGGGUGCGCAGAGCCGAGUUGAAUCGCCUCGACAACGAGGACUGUGGCGACGAGGACGAGGAGGAGGACGAGAUGACCGAUGAGUCUGAGGAGGAAGAGAACAUAGAUGACUUACUGGGAGGUGAUGGUGUCGACGAAGAAGAGAAGGACGAUGAGGAAGGCAGCGUAGCUCAGGGAAUCAGGAGUCACUCUCCAGCACUGAACCAACCCUCGGACCUGAUUCAUACAGACGGUACACUCAUGCUGUUCCCCAGCAGCUCCUGCUCUCGCACCGGUGACGGCAUCAGGCGGUCUGGUCCUUCUGGACAGGACAGCAGCAGCAAUAAGGAAGACGAUGACCAUCUGUACUUGGGGAAGGACGGCAGCCACAACAGCAGCUUUGAGCUGGCCGGGUCAAUGAUCACCUCCUACCAGCCCGUCAGUCACCAGCGCUCGGCGGGGAGGAGCAUCUCCAACUACUCCAUCUUCCGUUCCCCUUCUCCAUUCAAGCCCAGCUUCCUCGGCUCUGCCUCCAAGAGCUCUGGAAAGCUGUCUGAGCCGUCCCUCUGCCUCCCCGUUGAGGACUCCCAGGACCUGUAUGCGCCUGCCUCCCCAGGAGCAGAUUCGGGGCCCUCUGGCAGAGCGACCUCUGGCCCCAGCCACGGGGGGGACUCCCAGGGUCGCUUCUCCCUGGAGGAUGACACCCACUCGCAGUUACUGGACGCAGACGGCUUCCUCAACGUGGGUCCGCGCUCCGCUGGGCCUCCCUCCCACAAGAGACAGCUGAUCCUGGACAGCCUGGAUGAGAAUGCAAUGGAUGCCAACAUGGGGGAGCUGUUGGGUCUCUGCUCUGGGGGAUUCGGGGCAGCGGAGAGCCGCUCCGGCGGCGCGGGUUCAGGAUGCCUCGGAGCGUCGCAGGAGGACGAGCUGAUCGGCUUGUGCUCCGGAGCGUUUCCACCGACGCAGGCAGGAGAGGAGCAGCGGGAGGAGUCUGAUAAUACCAUGGAUCAGCUGCUGGGCCUGUGCUCUGGGAGGUUUUCUAGUCCAGGUUCUGCUCACACGGCCUCGUCGGCACCAGACAGUAAAAAGAAGCCAGAGGAAGAAGAGCAACAGGAGGAGGAGGAAGAAAAUGACUGCGAAUUCCGGCUUCUGUCAGAUGUGGAAAGUCUCAGUGAACAGGAGGACGAGGAUGAAGAUGGUGUAGAGGAAAACGCCGAGGAGGAGGAGGACGCAGAUGCUGACGAGGACAACGAGAUCGAAGAGGAGGAGAUGCAGGGAGUCUUUGCAUCACAGCAGGUCAAGAGGAAGAAGAAGAAGAGAAUGCGCUUGACAGACUACCUGGAGUCGGAGGCUGAGCUGUCCGGCAGCGACAUGGACGGCGACGACGAGGACGACGAUAGAGGCAGCGAAUACGAGGAGGAGGAGCUCCUCGAGGAGCUUCCCUCUGACGAAGAGCUGCAAGACCAAGUGAACAAGAUCCACAUGAAGCAGAUAAUGGACGACGACAAGCGGCAACUGAGGCUCUAUCAGGAGCGCUACCUCGCCGACGGCGACCUGCACUCUGACGGACCAGGACGAGCUCGCCGCUUCCGCUGGAAAAACAUUGAUGAUGGUUUCAACGCGGACAGCACGGGGGCAGAGGGCGAGCAUGAGGAGGAAGAUGAAGAGGUGGACCUGUCUGAGGUCCAGAGGAGGAAGGAGAGACUGGAGAGGGAACAGUGGCUCAGAGAACAGUCUGAGCAGAAAGCCAAGAAAGGGGAAGAUUUGGAUGCAGAUGAUGAGAAGGUCGGAGAGGAAGACAGUCGCUUUAUGAAGCUGGCCAAGAAACUGACCGCCAAGACUCUGCAGAGAAAAGAGUCCCUUGCGGGCGCACAGCCAGAGAAGACGACACCGGCCCUCAACCCCUUCCAGAGACCAUCGCAGCCCCUGCAGGUGAGGAGAGGAUCACUGCUGAGUCAGCCUCACUCCGUCCUCCAGAAGCUGGCCUCCAUCUCCGAUGCGAAUCCCCUGGCGCCCAGAAACAGCAGAGGCUUCCUGUUCCAAACUCUGUCCCCUGAGAAGGACAAGUCCACCUCGGACGCUCCCAAGACGAUGAAGAAGAGGGGGGCGGUGGAAGAGGUGAACCCAGCAGCAAAGCGGGUUUGCAAGCAGGACAGACUGGCAAGACCGACUGAAGGCACCCAGAGGAGCGUCUUCAACUUCCUGGACCACUGAGGUUACAUCACCACCCGCUGAGUGAUGAUGAUCAGCAGACGAAAGGCGAGAAUUGUGCAGCCGCAUUCAGGAUUUCACAAGUUAGCGAGACCUCCGAGGCGCCUCGUGGACGCUCCACACAUAACUUAUACUUAAUAAAUACAGAUACUUGUGUGUUUACAUGUUUACGCUGCUUUGAGGUGGCAGGCUAAAGCGGACCACUGAGGCCCCUCUUGUUCCUCACGUUCUCCCGUGGUUACACCAACAGAGGUGUGCCACACCAUACUUGACCUAAUCUGGACCUUCUGAAGGAGGUCCAUUUAAAAACUUUUAUCAUGUAAAUAGAUUGAUUGUUUUUUUUUAAUGGUAAGGGUGUUUUUGUUGUAUGCCGAUUUAAAUGUUUGUUUUAAAUUGUAAAUAAAAUUUGUAUUUUAAGA